UAUACCUUUACUCAUCUUCACAAUGUCAAGUUAUUACAAACUACAUCUUAUACCUUUACUCAUCUUCACAAUGUCAAGUUAUUACAAACUUCAUCUUAUACCUUUACUCAUCUUCACAAUGUCAAGCUAUUAACAACUUCAUCUUAUACCUUUACUCAUCUUCACAAAGUCAAGUUAUUACAAACUACAUCUUAUACCUUUACUCAUCUUCACAAUGUCAAGUUAUUACAAACUUUGUCUUAUACCUUUACUCAUCUUCACAAUGUCAAGCUAUUACAAACUUUGUCUUAUACCUUGACUCAUCUUAACAAUGUCAAGCUAUUACAAACUUUGUCUUAUACCUUGACUCAUCUUCACAAUGUCAAGUUAUUACAAACUUUGUCUUAUACCUUUACUCAUCUUCACAAUGUCAAGUUAUUACAAACUUUGUCUUAUACCUUGACUCAUCUUCACAAUGUCAAGCUAUUACAAACUUUGUCUUAUACUUGCAAACUGCCAUGA